AUGUUUAAGAAGUUUUUACAGCUGUUUGUUUUUCAUUUGGCUCUGACUGAAAUUGUUCUCAGCGGGAAUGUGCUAAUUUGGCCUACAGACUGCAGCCAUUGGUUAAAUAUUAAGAUCCUUCUUGAAGAGCUGAUUCAAAGAAAUCACAGUGUGACUGUACUGACUUCAUCAACAACUUUAUUCAUCAACUCCACUCCUGAUGCCUUCUUGCAUUUUGAAGAGAUUCCGGUUUCCUAUAAAAAAAGCAACUUAGAGGAAAUAAUUGAGCAUAUGAUCGCACUGUGGCUAAACCACAGACCGACACCUCUCACAAUGUGGACUUUCUACAAAGAACUGGGAAAGCUCUUUGAUGCCUUCUACAAAAUUAAUACGCAAAUCUGUGAUGGUGUGUUAAACAAACCCACGCUAAUGGCAAAACUUCAAAAGGCUAGCUUCGAUGUGUUGAUAGCUGAUCCAGUAACCAUCUGUGGAGACCUGGUGGCCCUGAAAUUGGGAAUUCCGUUUGUGUACACAAUGCGCUUCUCUCCAGCCUUUACAGUGGAGAGGCACUGUGGGAAAAUUCCUUCACUGUUCUCUUACGUACCUGCAGCCUUGUCAGAGCUCAGUGACCAGAUGUCCUUUGGUGAAAGGGUUAAGAACACCCUAUCUUAUUCUCUACAAGACUUUAUAUUUAAGUCCUACUGGGGAGGAUGGAAUUCCUACUACAGCAGAGUUCUGG